GUCCUUUCCAUUCUCUCUUAGUUCCCUUGUUUGUUCUUCUUCCAUUCCCUGUUCCCUUUCCGCAAUUAAAUCCCAAGCUUCUCUCUUUCUCUCUCUCCCGCCCUCUCUGCCCUUGAAGCUUCGAUCCCCUUCACAGCUCCCCAAUUACCCAGCUGGGAUACAGUCUCGAAACACUCCGGCGCAAUUUCGAUCUAUGAUUCCCGCGGGAUUGGUUGAAAAUUAGGCGUUUUUAUUCUUUGAGAAUCGGGAGGGAAGGUUUCGGGGGAGAUUUUUCGUCAUGGAUUCAAGCAGGAGAGCGGUGGAGUCAUACUGGAGAUCGAGGAUGAUCGAUGGGGCCACUUCCGACGAAGAUAAGGUGACGCCCGUCUACAAACUGGAAGAGGUUUGUGAUCUCUUGCGCUCUUCUCAUGUAAGUAUUGUGAAGGAGGUCUCCGAAUUUAUCUUGAGGAGGCUCGAGCAUAAGAGCCCCGUUGUUAAACAGAAGGCUCUCAGGUUGAUAAAGUAUUCUGUGGGGAAAUCUGGUGCGGAUUUCAGGAGGGAAAUGCAGAGACAUUCCGUGGCUGUGCGGCAGCUGCUUCAUUACAAGGGGCAGCCGGAUCCAUUGAAGGGGGAUGCCCUAAAUAAGAGUGUGAGGGAUACAGCUCAGGAUGCUAUUUCUGCUAUUUUCUCCGAGGAGAACAGCAAGCCAGCACCCGCACAGAUCAGUAAGCGAAUGGAAGGGUUUGGGAAUACAAAUUUCGAAAUGCGAUCAUCAUCAUCAUCAGAUGAUAGGAAGUCAUUUCUUAGCGAGGUAGUUGAUAUAGGGAGUGCAACUAUCAAGCAGGGACUUAGUAAUUUGGCUCAAGGGAAUCAUCAAAGAAACAAUGAUCCUGGGAACUACAGGGGCCCGAAUCUUCAUCGGUCAUUGACGGUGGAUCCUGAUAAUAGUGCAGGUAGAUAUGAACCAGUCCAGUUGCGUAAUGAAAAUCAUGGCAGUUUUGGGGCUUCCAGGAGUGCUGGUGGUGGAUCAUGGGGCCAGGAUUCAAGAUCAGCCAAUACUAUGACUGAAAAUGGGAACUCUAGUUCCAGUGUUACAGAGAGCAAGACGCGGGAAGAAAGGUUGCUAGAAACCAUAGUGACAUCUGGUGGUGUACGUUUACAACCCACCAGAGAUGCCGUUCAUGUUUUUCUGGUUGAAGCAGCUAAAAUGGAUGCAUUGGCUUUGAGUCGAGCCCUUGAAUCCAAGCUUCAAUCCCCGUCUUGGCAGGUUCGCAUGAGAGCAGUGUGUGUGCUUGAGUCAAUUCUGAGGAAAAGGGAUGACGAGAAGUUUUCAAUCAUAGCUUCUUACUUCGAUGAAAACAUAGAUGUGGUGGAGAAAUGCUCUCAGUCUCCCCAAAGUUCUCUCAGUGAAAAAGCUAGAAAGGUAUUGAGCCUUUUGGGUGAUGGAAAAGUUGGUCGUAUGCCAACUAUUUCAGAAACUUCAGUAUCGGCUGUAUCUGCCGUCCAGAUUCCUGACUUAAUUGACACAAGAGAGUCGGAUGAUCUCUUCAAAGCAGAUGAUCCUUCUGUAAGGUCAAAUGAUCAAGUGAAAUCGAAUGUGACAGCCACUACUACUACUCCUUUCACUCACGAUUUACUUGGAGAUAGUUUUGGUCCCACUAGUGACAACUCUACAGAGCAAAAGAAAGAGGAUGAUGAUCCAUUUGCUGAUGUCUCGUUUCACGCAGAAGAAUCAAAAGAACAAGCUGGUGGUGAUCUCUUCUCUGGGAUGAACUUUGACAGUAAGCCGGCUUCUGAUGCAAAUCAAAUACCCGCCACAAAUGGAGCUGAGAUAUUUGAUAUAUUUGGGCCAUCCAAUGGGACGGUUUCAAAAAAUCAAGAACAUGGUAAGGCAGAUGUCAAUGAUUUACUGGCUGGUAUGUCUAUUAGUGAAGGUGUCAAGCAGCAAGGUAGCAUCUCUCCAUCUAUUCCAUCUGAAGGUACAAACCCGGGGAACAUGCUUGGUGGGCCCCAGUUGACCAUGAUGAAUGCAAGUACUGUGUUUCCUUCCGCAGCUAUGCCAUAUGCUAUUCCUCCUGGGAUGAUGCUGAAUCCUGCUUUCUCUGCUCAUUCGGUACCAAUAAAUUAUGGUGCUAUGGGAGGUUUUCUUGCUCAGCAGCAACUUCUUGCGACAAUGUCUAACUUCCAACAGCAAAGUAAUAAUUUGAAUGCUGCACAAAAUGCUACUGUUGGUGCUAGUUAUGCUGAUGGAGGAACAGCACUUCCUGAUAUCUUCCACCCAAGCUUCCCCAAUCAAAUUCCUACCUCGACUAUGAACAGCUCGAAGAAAGAGGACACUAAAGCCUUUGAUUUCAUCUCGGACCAUCUUGCGGCAGCGCGUGAUCCAAGAAGAGUGACUUAAAACAGAGGAUCCUGUCAUAUGGCCUUCAGAAGAGUUUAGCCCUACCUCUAUUGCUCUUUUCGAGGCAAUGGUGGGGUUCUUGAGUUGAAUCACAACAGUUUUUGAAAAAAGAGGUUCCAAAUUCUUUGGUAAUAAAGGGAUGACGAUAGAAGCAUUGCUUCUACCAUGGUUUGAGAAAUAGAAGAAUUGUGUGUGGAUUUCCAGCCAAGUUAGAGAAUGUCUAGAAAACAAGAGGACGAUGGUGUAUGUACUAGAGCUUCUGCCUUCCCUUUUUUCUUUUUCGAACAAUCAUCUCAGCCUGUUGAGUGGUUAAUGUAAGACGGUAAGGGGGCGACUCUUGAGAAACACUGCUAUUUUUAUGGCAGUUUCUGUUUUCCCUUCCAUACUGUUGAUGGAGUUCGUUUCAUGUUAAGCGAUCAUGGUAAUGUGUCUUGGCAUGCCCUAUAUUUUUCUGUAGAAUGCAAAGCUUUACA